AAUUGCGCUUGUUCCUUAGGCUUAGUCCCUUAGAUAACAUAAUGUCAUAAUUUUGAUUUUUGAAUUACCCCGCCCGUUGGCACAACGUUUCUUUCUCUCCUUUUCUCUGUUUCUCUCUCUCUCUCUCUCUCUCUCUCUCAUGUUCCUCCUCCGCAACGACUGAAAUCUGUGACGAAAAACCCUAGCAAGAUGAACCAGUACCACAUCUACGAAGCCAUCGGUCGUGGCAGAUACUCCACCGUUUACAAAGGCAGGAAGAAGAAGACUAUCGAGUAUUUCGCCAUCAAGAGCGUUGAUAAAUCGCAGAAAACUAAGGUCCUCGAAGAGGUCAGGAUUCUUCACACGUUGGAUCAUAUAAAUGUGCUGAAGUUUUAUGAUUGGUACGAAACUUCUGCUCACCUAUGGUUGGUUUUAGAGUACUGCGUUGGAGGGGAUCUGAUCUCCAUAUUACGACAGGAUAGUAAACUUCCCGAAGACUCUGUUCACGACCUUGCGUAUGAUCUAGUGAAAGCUUUACAGUUUUUACAUUCAAAUGGAAUAAUUUAUUGCGACCUGAAACCAUCAAAUAUUCUACUAGAUGAAAAUGGAUGCGCAAAGCUAUGUGAUUUUGGAUUGGCUAGGAAGUUGAAAGAUAUAUCAAAAGCUCCUUCUUCCUCGUUACCACGGGCAAAACGCGGAACACCUUCUUACAUGGCUCCGGAGCUUUUUGAGGAUGGUGGAGUCCAUUCUUAUGCUUCUGACUUCUGGGCACUAGGCUGUGUACUAUAUGAAUGUUAUGCCGGGAGACCACCUUUUGUGGGAAGAGAAUUCACGCAGCUUGUAAAAUCCAUCAUUUCAGACCCGACUCCACCUCUCCCUGGUAAUCCAAGUCGACCUUUUGUUAAUUUAAUUAAUUCCCUGUUGGUAAAGGAUCCAGCUGAAAGAAUACAGUGGCCUGAGCUUUGUGGACAUGCCGUUUGGAGAACAAAAAUUCCUCCGGUGCCUCUGCCUGCUCAACCUGCAUUUGAUGAUAUGGUAGAGCUACACACUAGACCUUGCUUAUCAGAACGAAAUGGAGAUAAAUCUUCGCAUAACAGGACACCUCCCAAAUAUCGUGAAAAAGAUGUCAAAGGGGUGUUGAAGAAGGACGAGAACUCUGUUUUAGGAUCUAGAGGCAUUGAGACACCAACAAGGGCAACACCAAAUGGCCCUAGAACUCAGAUAAAAGGGUCUGGUAGAACAAAUGAUGUAAAGAAGAAAGAUCAUUCCAAUAUUAGCAAGGGCGUCAAUCUAUUGAGAUUGUCAAGAAUAGCAAAAACAAAUUUACAGAGGGAAAAUGAGAAAGAAAACUAUCGACGCCCCUUGCCUAAUAACUCUGAGAAUGAUUCUGAAGUUAAAAUUGAGAACACUGACAUGGAACUUGAUUUUAAUGAGAAUACCGAAGAUGAUACACAUGAAGAAACUGAUGGCAACGAACAAACAACUUCUGUGCCUGGUGAGAAAAUAGACAAUCAUUUUCUGAAUCAGGGAAAAACAGAGGAGAUUGAAAAUACUGCACACCAGUUGGAUACCCCAUCUGCUGUUAACCCUCCAGUCUCAGAUGAUCCAAGAUCAUUUGACCAUGAAUCAACUCUUGACCAUCCUGACAUUUCUGGUAUUUCUCCCAGUGUGAGCCCUCAGGUGAAGAAGAAUAGAGCUAAAGAAGACUCAGGAUCUGCCCUUGACUCUGAUUCGUCAAGGUUGACAAACAACCUUUCCCAGGUUCUUUGGCAUCCAUCUGAUCUCUCAGUCAGACCUGUAAUGCCUAGCAGAAAAGUUGAUAAAGUCUCAGAAGUCAUUCCUUCACUCCCUUUUGAGGCAUUGCAAGCGUCUGAUUUUGUUAAGAUGCCUAAAGAGCAAUUGGAGGCAGUCCACAACCGAAUAUUAGCCAUUUUGAACGGAAAUACCAGCAUUGGAGAGAAACAGAAUGUGAUUAGAUACCUCGAGAUGUUGAGCAUUAAUGCUGAUGCUGCUAAUGUCUUGACCAAUGGGCCAAUUAUGCUCACGCUUGUAAAAUUGCUUCGUCAAUCCAAGGCAUCAGCUUUGCGUGUUCAACUUGCUUCAUUGAUUGGUCUGUUGAUUAGGCACUCCACUUUUGUUGAUGACAGUUUGGCUAAUUCUGGAAUUUUAGGUGCACUGACUGAUGGCCUUAGAGACAGGCAGGAAAAAGUAAGGAGGUUUUCCAUGGCUGCUUUGGGUGAGUUGCUAUUUUAUAUAUCCACUCAAAACGCAGACUGCAAGGAUAACAAUCAACUUGAAUCUCCAUCAAAGGACAAUAGGACAACAUAUGGUUGGCAGGUUCCAAAUUCGUUAAUUUCGCUUGUGUCAUCAAUGUUGAGGAAGGGCGAGGAUGAUAUAACUCAAUUGUAUGCAUUGAGAACAAUUGAAAAUAUUUGCAGUCAAGGAGGGUUCUGGGUGGGGCGAUUGGCUAGUCAAGAUGUUUUUAGUAAUCUCUGUUAUAUCUAUAGGGCGGCAGGGAAACAAGAGAGUAUGAGGCUCACUGCAGGAUCAUGCUUGGUGCGCCUUGUUCGUUUUAAUCCUCCUAGCAUUCAGUCUGUUAUUGAGAAACUCUCAUUCAAAGACCUAGCUUCUGCUCUUGUAAAGGGAAGUCCAAGAGAGCAGCAAAUCAGCUUAAAUCUUCUUAACAUUUCAAUGCUUGGGAGUCACUUAUUCACAAAUAUUGGAAGAUACCUUAUACAACUUGCCGAGGAUAAAAAUCUGAUCCCAAGUCUUUUGGCUCUUGUUGAGCAAGGUAGUGAAGUUUUAAGAGGGAAGGCACUAGUUCUUGUGGCUCUCCUCUGUAAGCAUGGCAGGAGGUGGCUUCCACACUUCUUCUGUAGUCAAAAGUUGCUUUCUGUUGUGGACAGGCUGGGAAAAGAGAAAGAUGCCUAUGUGAGGCAGUGUUUGGAUGCAUUUGUGCAUAUUGUGGCAUCCAGUAUUCCAGGUUUAUUGGAUAUAAUAACAGGGGAUGUCCAGCAAAUGAUGGGAGGAAGGCGCCAUGGACACAUCUCUGCCCUUACCAGCAGAUCUCCAAAAGCCAACAUUCAUUUGUUUCCUGUUGUCCUUCAUCUUCUUGGAACUUCAACUUUUAAGCACAAAGUCGUGACACCACAUGUCGUACUUCAGUUGGCGAAUCUAAUUAAACUUGUGGAGACACCAUUUCAGGGAAGAGAUGACUUCCAAAUAACCCUUCUUCGAAUUUUCGAGUCUCUCACAGAGGAAUCUCCUAUGAUUCUUGGCAAUGCGGACAUUUUCAUACGUGAAAUCCUCCCUAGUUUGACUGUUCUCUACAAGGGUAACAAGGAUGGUGAUGCCAGGUUUUUGUGCCUUAAAAUUCUUUUUGAUGUGAUGAUCAUUCUUUUGAGUGAACCAAUUGAAGAAGAGCAACGAUUAAAGGAUCUGAAAUUCAUAUCAAAUACCCGUUUUCUUCCUCUCUAUCCAACCUUGAUUGAAGAUGAAGACCCUAUUCCUAUUUAUGCCCAGAAACUUCUUGUUAUGCUACUGGAGUUCAGUUUUAUUAGAAUUCCAGACAUUCUACACAUGAAGGCAAUUUCACAAUGCUUUGAGUUCUUGCUUGGUGAUCUCUCAAAUGCAAAUGUGAAUAAUGUUAAACUGUGUCUUGCUCUAGCUUCUGCUCCCGAGAUGGAGUCGAAAUUACUCUCUCAUUUAAAGGUGGUUAGAAGGAUUGGCAACUUUCUUGAGUUUGUACAUGCAAAGGGCAUGGAAGAUUUGCUGGAACCCACUCUUGGGCUUUGUAGGGCUUUUAUAGCACGUUCAGUAGGCUGUACAAAAGGCUUGAGCAGCGCAACAGAACCAACUCUCUUAGGUGACUAUCCUCCCGAGUUGAGUGGUGGUGCGGUUGAUCCCCAGCAAUGCAUAAAAGAUAUCGCAGACUUUGGAAGCAAUUUUGGCGUCUUGCUAGAGUUGAGUGCCUCUGCAGAAACCAGUAUUGCCGAUAUAGCUUCUGAAUGUGUUGUUUUACUGUUCAAGGCAGCUCCUAGAGAAGCCACCACUGGUAUACUAACCAAUCUUCCCAAAGUCACUGUGAUCCUAGAGAGCUGGAACAGAGGCAUUCCUCACUUGAUGGUGCAGCGAAUGCUUCAUUCUUUAGGUUAUGCUUGCAAGCAAUACUUACUGCAUGCAAUGAUAUUAUCAAUAUCUAAAUCAGAGAUUUCAAGAAUUGAAGUUGUAGUUUCUGAAAUCAAGAGUUCAGGUGUACCACUCUUAGCCAAAACUGCUGGGCUAGCAGCCUUGGAGUUGCAGCGGCUGCCUCGCUGCAUUUGAAUAAUUGUAGGUAUCAUGUUAUGACCUGUUCUUCUCAUUAGAACCUGUAACUUUUCAAGUUCAUCGUUUACGCUUUAUAUUACAGGCGGGCCUUGCUAAAUUCUAGAUAAAGGUUGAGCAAUUUGGUGAAUUCCACAGCUCCACUGUAUUCCUAUGUAAAGUAUGUGUACUCUGUAUCUCCGUGAACAUUAAAAUAUAAGUCAACGAAAAUUUUCGUUGUAUUUUUUUUUCUAUAAAUUGAUUAGGUUAGAGUUUUCUCA